AUGAUCCGAGGAACGGAACUGCCUUGUUAUGUACGUGUUCUGAAUACAAUCACCAAUGUGCAUGAAGCGUCAUCGAUCAACAGAAAUGUUGAAGAGGAUGAAAUUCUGUAUGUUAACGGAGAAGAGCAAAACGGAUGGUACAACGGAUCACGUCUGAGCGGAGACGAGGUGAGCGUUCAUCGGGAGAAUAUCAUCAAGUUGGAGUUACCGGAUCGAAGACCCACCGAACGCUUCUUUGUGGCAUCGAUUGCGGACUAUGACAGUGAUAAUCGCAGCGAUAUCUCGUUCGGUAAACAUACGUUAAUUGUGGUAUCGAAGGAGAUAGAUGCGAAUUGGUAUGAAGGGACGGUGGUUGGGGUGAAUGCAAGGCGAUUGGGUAAAGCCGGAUUGUUCCCGAAAUCGUUUGUUUUACGGCUAACACAUCUGCCGGAGAAUGGGACGGAAGGAAACAUCGCAAAGAGAUUUGAUGCUGAUGCUGCCACGGUAGUUGAUAGACCCGUGUUGACAGAACGAUAUGAUCAGCCACCAGUUGUUUCGCCAGAUGCGCACUUACCGGUCAUACCAGCCGUAACAUCGCCAGACGGGUCAUCCGCCGGAAAGGUUAAUCUUUUGAUAGCUUUUUCAUUUGGCUGGAUGGCAAGUGUUAUGUUCGAUUUUCAAGGUCGCGAACAGGACGAGUUGAGUGUUUGUGCGGGUGACAGUGUGUCCGUGGUGAAGAUGGUGAAUGCAGAAUGGGCAUUUUGUACGAAUCCAGAGAAGAGUCAAUCGGGAAUAAUUCCAGUCUCAUUUUUGCAUAUCUUCUCGAAUGAUGAAGACGACUAUGAAGAGGACGAUGAUGUGUGCGAUGAAGAAGAAGUUUCCAGUGAUGCACAAGGAACGUUCGAACAUUCGUCCGAUUUUGACCGCAAUCUCUAUUCGAACACAUUCAACAAAUCGAUUUCAUCAAGUCAUCUAACACCAGCAACUCCUUUACAACCAGCACUGCCACCACCUCAACCUUUGUCAUCUUCACCAACUGCCAUAACAAUUGACGCGAAUCAAUUGGAUGCAUUUUUCGGGUCUUCAUCAUCGUCAUCGUUCACUUCGAAUUCAUCGUGGCAACAGCCAGCUUUUGGUUCGAGUAUCAGUAGCAUUAAGCGGAUUGCGCCCUCAAGACCGCCACCACCGAAGAUGAAUGCGAUCAAAUUUCGGUCGACCGAUAUGUCGGGAUCCAGCGAUAAACCGACGAGACCUGUAUCGUUACCUGCAUUCGCCAAUAACGCCACUCACACCAAUACUAAUAAUAGUAUUAUGCAGACAUCAGCGAAGUCAGGAAAGAUGAGUGCUGAAGAUAUGUACGCAGUGAAACAACGUAUAGAAAUUGAAAAUUCACCGUCGUUGAGCAUAGAACAAAAGAAACUUUUCACUAAAAGUAUCCCACAAUUACGAGAACUCUCGAAACAUCUUGUUGGACAAUUGACACAUCAACAAGGAGAUGUUCCCGAAAAGCAGUGCUAUGCUGAAAUGCGUGCACUUGGUGCGAAUGUCUUCGACGUUCAUACGGCCAUCUCACGUCCCAUUCAACGAUGUCUCAAAUAUCCGCUCUUUAUUGAAGAACUUAUUAAGAACACACCACUGUCGCAUAUCGACCAUCCAAAAUUACUUGAAGCGUUGAAACAAAUGAGUCUUUUGGCGUCCAAAAUGAACGAAUCGAAACGUCGUAAAGAACUCGGUUAUAAUCGUUCACGAAUGAUACACUGUCGAAUUGCAGCACAAAAAUACAAUCGAAGUGAGCAGGAGCCAUUGUCGAAACGUUUAUCUCGAUUGAAUAUGCAUACGGUGAAGAAGAAAAGUAAUCGUUUCAAGUAUCGACUUACCUCACAAAUCGGCUUAAUCCAAAUGCAACGAGAUGUGACAUUCGAUGCGGUGGUACGUAAUCUGGAGAUUAGUGAACGACGAGUGUGUAAAUUCGUGCACGCAGUUCAAGUUUAUAAGCAUACAAUCACGACACAAACCAAAAAAUACGUUGACUCGCAUACAACUGUUGAGAAACUUUGUGACGCAGUUGAGGAAGCGAAGAAAUAUUUACGUUUACCAGUAACACGUAUGAUACAGAAGCGUUACGAUAAAUUGAUUGACUUCGAAUCGGCGAAGAGAAGUGAUAAGAAUGCAGAUGAUUUGAAGAUAAAACAAGGCGAUUACGAGGCAUUGAAUAACCAGCUGAAGAUGACUCUGCCGAAAAUAAUUGAUAACAUCAAUAAUAGAACGUUCGCAUUGGUUGAUGAGGUGCUCGCGAAAGAUGAACAGUACUUUGCUCGUGUUACGCAGUUACGCAAUCAGCUAUCACCGGAGGUAUACGCGUACUUCGCAGUGCCGUAUCGUCACUUCGUUGAUCCGUAUGAAUCUCGGAUUCGAUCGUUGAUUGCGAUCUCGAGAAUGGUCACCGAGUUAUCGCGUAGCAAGAACACUACCAAUGCUCAACAGCAGCAAAUAUCAUCGCAACCGAAAACGUCCAUUCCAAAGACAUCUCCAAUUUCAAAUGGAACCACAUCAAGCGUUCAACAGAGACGGUUGCAAAGUGAACGUGAGCGAGAUGCUUUGAUACGUAUCAUGCGAGGACAAGGCACCGAAUCGUUGUUAAUGACUGUUGUACAGCGUUGGCCACCAGACGUUGUGCCGAAUGUAGAUGAACAAUUGAACGUGGAAAGAGGAGAUAUUGUGAUGAUUAUUGAAAAAGGAACACAGCAACAGCAACCGUGGUUAUGUGACAAUGGCAUUACGAAAGGUUACAUUCCGGAAAGUUGUUUGGAACCGUACAAACCGAAUGAGUCAACCAGCAGUAACAACGUUCAACAGGCAUCAAUCCAAAUGCUUUAUCCGUCCUUAAACCAGUCAUCAAAUAAGAUAGAAGCAGUGAAGUCAUCAAGCAGACCAUUAAAGAAGGACGAGAACAAUUUAAUCGAUUUGGAAGAAAAUUUAUUGGAUUUGAGUUCACCGAUUAAACCACAGCCAAUCUCGAUCACACCAACACCCAUUAUGUCGUCGUCAAUGCCGUUCGCUGAAAAGCCAGCCAUGGCAUCAGAAUCAACAGCGAAACUAGCAGCAGGAACAACAACAACGCCGAUAGCACCAUCUUUAUCAUCGCUGAAUCCGUUCCGAGCCGAUAUUCUCAAAAAACCGUCGCAAAGCACUGCCACUUCAUCGAGCAGCGAUCAGCAAAUCCGACUCGACUCUUCAGAUACCAUCUUCAAUAAUCUCUUUCAUUCAGACGAUAAUGUCACACCAAUCCGCUUUUCAACGAUUGAUGAUCAAAUGGUAUCGCACUUCACGAAGGCACCUUUGAUUCCAACACGACCAACUGAAAAAGAAGUACAGCAACAUCCACCCAGAAACAUCAACACCACAAAUCAAUUCAAGCCAACUCUUUACUAUUCUCCUCCGCUUUAUUCAACUCCGCCAAAAGUAUUACAACUUUUGAGCGAUGGUGAAUGGUACAAGGCGGAGUACGAUUUUGAAGGUACUGACGAAAUUCAAUUAACGAUAAAUGAGGGUGAUAAAAUAUAUUUACUGAAACUAUAUUGCUCAUUGCAGUUACACAUUAUGAAGAAGAGUGACGAUGAAGGGAAUGACGCGUGGUGGUUAGUAGAAAACGCGUCCGGAUCAAAGGGAUAUGUUCCGGCCAAUUAUCUAUCACCUAUUUCUGAGAGUUAG